CUUAUUUUUCAGAGAGAGAGAGAGAGAGAGAGAGAGAGAGAGAUCAAAGAGAGAUGAAGGGAGAGGUGAAUAAGAUCCAUGGUGUGGUAGUGUUCUUCAUGGUGGCCACCCUCGCCGGAGCUCUGUUCACAGCUCUCUGGAUCUAUGAAGCUCUCAAUCUCACACCCAUGAUGCCAUCCACCACAACUACCAUCAUCUUGUCCACAUCUUCUCCUCCUCCACCACCACCAGCACCAAAAACCCUAAUUCCAUUUACAUGCCCCACCACCAAUCACUCAAGAACCAUCUGCCAUUCCUCUCUACCCUCUUCUUCUUCUCCACCUCUUCAUUCCUCCCAUUCAUGCCCCUCCUACUUCCGGUGGAUCCACCAAGAUCUCCGGCCAUGGCGAGACACCGGCAUCACUAGAGACAUGGUUGAACAUGCCAGCAACUUUGCCCACUUCCGUAUUAUAAUCCUCAAUGGAAAUCUCUACAUCUUGAGGUAUGGACACUGCUUCCAAACACGCGACAUCUUCACCAUUUGGGGCAUCCUUCAGCUUCUCCGUCGAUAUCCCGGUCGAAUCCCGGACAUCGAUCUCAUGUUUAACUGUGAUGAUUUGCCUCUCAUCAAGGCUUUUGACUAUAAUAACAAUGGAUCAGUUGCUACACCACCGUUGUUUCGAUAUUGUAGCAAUGACUCUAUGCUUGAUAUUCCUUUCCCUGACUGGUCCUUCUGGGGUUGGCCGGAGAUUAAUAUAAAACCUUGGGAGAAGCUGAAGGAGGAGUUGAAGGAAGGGAAUAAGAGAAUGAAGUGGAUUGAUAGAGAACCUUAUGCUUACUGGAAGGGAAACCAUUUGGUGGCUUCCACUAGGUUUGAUCUUCUCAAAUGCAAUGUCUCUCAGAGUCAUGACUGGAAUGCCAGGAUAUAUUCACAGGAUUGGUUCAAUGAGACUAGAAAGGGUUUCAAGGAAUCAAACCUUGCAAAACAAUGCAUUCAUAGGUACAAGAUAUACAUUGAAGGCAAUUCAUGGUCAGUGAGUGAAAAGUACAUACUGGCUUGUGAUUCUUUGACUUUGUUGGUGAAACCAAAAUACUAUGACUUCUUUACUAGAGAUCUCAUGCCAGUGCACCAUUACUGGCCUGUCAGGGACGAUCUCAAGUGCCCUUCUAUCAAGUUUGCUGUUGAAUGGGGUAACAAACACAAGCAAAAGGCACAGGCCAUGGGAAGAGAAGCUAGUAACUUUAUUCAAGAAAACUUGAAGAUGGAUUAUGUUUAUGAUUAUAUGUUUCAUCUUUUGAAUGAGUAUGCAAAACUAUUGAAAUACAAGCCUACAAGACCUCCGAGAGCCGUCCGAUGGUGCUCGGAAUCAAUGGCGUGCCGUUCGGAAGGAUUGGUGAAGCAGUUCAUGAUGGAGUCAAUGGUGAAUGUUUCUCAUUAUGCUAGUCCUUGUGCUUUGCCUCCUCCUUUCAGUCCUCUUGAGCUUCUAAUGAUACUAAGGAGAAAAGCCAACUCUCUCAAGCAAGUCGAGAAGUGGGAUGAGAGUGUUAAUUAGCCUCAAUAAUUGUUAAUUUCUCUUCAAUUUGUUGAUCCAAAUUUUGAUGUUAUAAUAAUAUAUUAAUAAUUAUUUAGUUGAUAA